CCGAAAGCAGCCACAAUAAAGAUUGGAGAAGAUGCUUCAGCUACUCUCCAUUGCCAUUAAAAACCCCCUAUCUGUCUUCAAAAAUUUGCAGAACCCAUAUCUCUUUCUCCUUCAAUGGGCUCAAUCGAUAGUGUCAGGGAGAGUCCCGUUUACGGCAUAAAGCUGUCGUCAGUUGUACCGGCCACAGUGACCGGUAAUGAUAGAGAUCGUGAACUAAGCUCCAUGGACCUGUUCAUGAAGCUUCAUUACCUGAGAGGUCUCUAUUUCUUUAGUAAAGAUGCAGUGGAAGGGCUUAUGAUAUCGGACUUUAAGGAACCCAUGUUUAAAUGGCUAAAUCUCUGGACAGCUGCUUCGGGAAGGAUAAGGAAGUCCGAGUUGGGUCGACCAUUCAUCAAAUGCAACGAUGGUGGGGUGAGGAUCAUUGAGGCUCAGACCAAUUUUACACUCGAUCAGUGGCUGCGGAACAAUGACUGGUCUCUCCAUUGUCUCCUCGUCUCCAAUCAAGUCCUUGGUCCUGAUUUGGCUUUCUCUCCUCUGGUCGUUCUCCAGUUCACUUGGUUCAAAUGUGGAGGGAUGUCACUGGGCCUCAGCUGGGCCCAUGUACUCGGCCAUGCAUUCUCAGCCUCAAGAUUCAUCAACAUGUGGGGCCACAUCUUGUCCGGUCAUCCACCCCCAAAGUCGCUCAACAUGCUAGAAGAACCAGAACCGGAACCAGAACCAGGAGCACCACCCACAAGCGAAAAAUCCAUUACCUCACAGCUUCUGUCUGCGAAACGAAUUGAACCUGUUGGUGACCAUUGGCUAAGUGUCAAGAACUGCAAAAUGGAAGCUUACACUUUCCAAAUCACUGCCUCGCAAUUGACACAGCUGCAGUCAAAGAUAUCCAGUGAACCAUUUGAAGCUCUUUCGGUGGUAAUUUGGCAAUGCUUAGCAAGGAUAAGAGAGAAUAACGAGCCAAGGACUGUGACUAUUUGCAGAAAAGAUUCUCAUUAUAGAGAAACCAGCAACUUGAUCAGCUUGAGCAAUAACCAGAUGCUACUAAGUGUAGUUAAAGCGGAUAUAUCUGUUGGAGAGGCCAACCCAUCAGACUUGGCAGCAUUGAUUGUUAAAGGAUCAGUAGAGGAAGAAAGUCUGAUUGAAGAAACAGUGGAGGGAGAUCGGGGGCUGUCAGAUUAUAUUGUUUAUGGCACAAACCUUACAUUUGUUGAUUUGGAAGAGGUGGAGAUUUAUGGGUUGGAGAUAAGGGGGCACAAACCUGUUUUUGCAAAUUAUGCCAUUGAUGGAAUUGGGGAAGAAGGGGUUGUAUUAGUGCUUCCAGGGCCAGAAAAUGAUGGAGAACGAGGUAGAGGAGGAAGAACAGUUACCAUAUCCCUCCCAGAAGAUCAACUCUUGAAACUAAAAGGUGAGCUCAGUAAGGAAUUGUUUAUUGCAUGAACCCAAGGUGUCACUGACAGUGUGGUUGAAGAUAAAAGUAUUUAUUUUGUGAAAAUUGUUGAAGAGAAAGUAGUAACUGCACUUAAAAUAUGAUAUUGAUGUCCAAAACAAUGUAAUCAGAAGCUUGUUUUGCCUACAGAA